AUGAACAUAUUGAAACAUCAUUAUUCGCUUACCGCACCACUAUACACUCAACGACUAAAUUUUACACCAUAUUAUCUGCUAGGCGGUUACGCCGCUGAAUCGAAAUUGGCUCCAAUUGUUUGGAUCGAUAAGAAAACGCUUAGCGCAUUACCAAGACAAAAAACUGGUAUGCGACUAACAGGACCGUUUGAAAUUAUUCAAAGGAAUAGAAACGGUACUUAUCACGUGAAAGACUCAAGUGGCGUAGUACUCAAAAAAGCCUAUUCGGGAAACAAAUUCAGACGCUACGAAAUACGACAUCAAAAAAUCAUCAACGCUUUCAAGAAUAUGAUCGUUGUCAAUGAUACGGAAUCCCUGCUUCGGAUGGAGAGAACCCGUAAAAAUGUCCACAAAGGAGAUGAAUUUCCUCGGUUAGUAGAUGCGAGUGAAGAGGAAGACUAA